AUGAAACAAUGGACUGUUGCUGGCACAAAGAAUGGCUUCGACGAUCUCAAAUUGGAGAAUGUUGCCGUUCCCCAGGUCGGCGAGAAUGAAGUACUCGUGAAGUUGCAUGCAGCUUCACUGAAUUAUCGCGAUUUGAUUAUUCCAAAGGGAAAAUACCCUUUUCCCGUCAAAGCUCCGGUAGCAGCCUGCUCUGACGGUGCCGGAGUAGUCGUUGCUAUUGGAUCAAAAGUGUCGAAAUGGGCGAAGGGCGAUAAAGUGGUAACGCUGUUCAACCAAGGGCAUCAAUUUGGUUCUGUCGAUAUUGCUGCAAGCCAAACCGGUCUUGGUGGUGUCUUGGACGGGACCCUAAGAGAAUACGGGGUGUUCAACGAGAAUGGGCUUGUACGGCAGCCAUCGAAUUUGAAUGCGCUCGAAGCGGCGACCUUGACAUGCGCUGGAUUAACUGCGUGGAAUGCGUUGUACGGACUGAAGCAGCUCAUGCCAGGCGAUACGGUACUUGUGCAGGGCACAGGCGGUGUUUCCAUAUUCGGUCUUUUGCUCGCCAAAGCUGCCGGUGCAACCGUCAUUGCAACCACUUCAUCAAAACAAAAAGCUGACACGCUCACCAAGCUUGGCGCCCACCAUGUCCUCAAUUACAAGACCGAUAUCAACUGGGGUGAAACAGCACGUAACCUUACGCCCGGUGGCGCUGGAAUCGAUCAUAUUCUCGAAGUUGGAGGACCUGGUACGCUGGAGCAAUCUCUGAAAGCGAUCAAGUACGAAGGAGUCAUCAGCAUUAUUGGAUUUGUUGGUGGAACGAAUUCUAAAGACAGUCCGCAGAUUCUGGACGCUUUGUCAAACAUUUGCACAUUCAGAGGUGUCUACGUCGGCUCUAGAGCGCAGAUGGAGGACAUGGUGCGGGCGAUCGAGGUUAACAAUAUUCAUCCAGUGGUUGACAAGGAAGUUUUUCCACUGGAUAAAGCCAGGGAUGCUUAUGAAUACAUGUGGGCCCAAAAGCAUUUCGGAAAGAUCGCCAUUCAGAUUGCGUAG